AUGUCUCACCCCCUCUCUAUUCUCUCUCUAACCGAGACUAACUUGGCCCGUGAUGUGAUCAAAGCUGCUCACCCAAAUGUUGUCAUUGACUUCCGAGAGAUCUUCCUGCAGGAACCACCAAAAGCACUGCUCUUGGAGUUUCUGGCAGUGGAACAUGCUGGUCGUCUCAGCCCAACAACCCCGAGGCCUCCGCGUCUCGCCCUAUGCCAGUAUGAUGUGAUUGGCUCAGACCGUGUCCCCCAGUUCCACGAAUCGGUGGUCGAUUUAGUUUCGCAGUCGCGCGUUAAGCACACGGUGGUGGGGAAGCAACAUCAUGCCAGUUUGACAAUCAACGAGUUUGAUGUCCUUGUGGAACGGUGCAUGAAGUCUCCCUUAUUCCAGGAAGCCCUCUCGGAUUUCAUCCUUCCCGAGGGCUUUGAGGUCGUGAUUGAGCCCUGGCCCUAUGGCGGAUUGGAUCAUACAGAUGAGAAUCGCCGCUUCUUUCAGGGCUUAUGUUUUGCCCAAGACAAGCGAUCUGGAAAUGAGGACUCCAACUUCUACUCUUUCCCCUUGCCUGUCAUUCCGGUGAUGGACGCUUUGACACAAGAGAUUAUCCGCGUUGAUCGACCUGCCACCGGUGGAAAAGGUGAGGGACUUUUGGAUCAAACCUUCAAGCGAGACAUUAUCGGCCACUGCAAGCCUUCGGAAUAUGUCCCAGAGCUAAUGCCCGAGGGCACACGCAAGGAUCUAAAGCCACUCAAUGUGGUGCAGCCUGAGGGUCCUUCUUUCCGGGUUACGAACGAAUCUCUCGUCGAAUGGCAGAAGUGGCGGUUCCGUGUCGCCUUUAAUCCUCGAGAGGGAGCCACCAUUCACGAUGUGUCCUAUGACGGCCGCAGUGUGAUGCACCGACUGGCAGUUAGCGAAAUGACAGUACCUUAUGCUGAUCCACGACCUCCCUUCCAUCGGAAGCAGGCCUUUGACUUUGGCGAUGGAGGUGGUGGUAACAUGGCCAACAACCUGUCGCUUGGUUGUGACUGUCUUGGAGUGAUCAAAUACUUCGAUGCUGUCCUCACUCAACCAGAUGGCACUGCCCAAACCCUCCCCAAUGCAAUCUGCCUUCAUGAACAGGAUAAUGGAAUCGGCUGGAAGCACUCCAACUGGCGCACUGGGCGGGCGGUUGUCACUCGGCAUCGGGAGUUGGUCAUCCAGUUCAUCAUCACACUGGCCAACUAUGAAUACAUCUUUGCCUACAAGUUCGACCAAUCUGCUGGCAUUACAGUUGAGGCCCGCGCCACAGGUAUUUUGAACGUCGUCAAUAUCGAUGCUGGCAAGGUCAGCGACUACGGUACUGUGGUCAGUGGUGGCGUUCUCGCCCAGAACCACCAGCAUAUCUUCAACGUCCGAAUUGAUCCGGCAAUUGACGGUCCAAACAAUUCAGUGAUUGUUGAGGAAUCUCACCCUGUUCCAAUAAAUGCAGUCACUAACCCGAACGGGAACUUUUACGAAGUCACGAAGCAGACAGUGGAACGUUCUUCUUGGAUAGAUGCUGCUCCUCAGCUCAACCGUACUAUCAAGAUGGUUAACCCUCACAAGACGAACCCCAUCAGUGGAAGCCCCGUGGGCUACAAAUUCAUUCCUUUGGCAACCCAGAUGUUGCUGGCCGAUCCAGAAUCAGUACAGGCACGUCGGGCGCAGUUUGCUCAACAUCACGUUUGGGUCACCAAGCAUCGUGACGGAGAGCUCUAUGCUGGUGGGCGCUAUACGUUACAGAGCCAGACAGAAAUUGAAGGUGUCGCAGACGCCGUUCGCCGUGGCGAUGCCGUUGUCGAUACCGAUGUGGUAGUUUGGAACUCCUUUGGCAUUACUCACAACCCACGUGUAGAGGACUGGCCUGUGAUGCCUGUGGAGAUCUUCCAACUCAUGAUCCGACCCGCAGACUUCUUCGUCGCUAACCCGUCGCUCGAUGUGCCUUCCAACAAGAAUGGAUCGUCUCGCUUAGCCGAUGCGGAAUGUUGCCGAAAAUCGCACAUUUAG